AAUGUCAAAAAGGAGAUCAUCUUUAAUCCUACAAUUAACGAAAAAAAAUUUAGAAGUUCAUAAUAUUGAAGAGCCCAUGUGGAAAAUUAGUCGAUACCUUAGCGAUUCAAGUACCCAUUCAGAUCAUGAUUAUCAGAUUAACGAAAGAAUGUUUCCGUCAGCUUAACAAAGUUGUCGUAAUUAAAAAAUAUAAUGCGAUAUUUUAAUAUUUAAGUAUUAAAGCCAACGAAUUUUAUUAUUACUUAUUUCAGGCAUUGAAAAAAACGAUUUGAAUGCAAAUCAUGUGGAUAUGACAUGCUUGCCUGCGGCUGAUCAGUCUAUGGUAGAGAGUGAAAAAUCAGCAUUAGAUGUAAACGUAGAAGUUUUAAAUCCGAAGGAGACAUCUCUUUUGCAGACGGCACUUAUUACAGAUGAAGGAGUACUCGAAAGGGAUGUUGGAGUGCUGAAGACUGAAAUAUCUAAACUGCCUGUUGUACUGGAUGAACUUGAAAGGGUCAGGACAAAGUUGGAUGCAUUACAGGUGGAGGUUACCUCAUCUAAGAUGCCAUUGGCUUCCAAUGGCAAGUCUCAACAACCACCACUUACUCAAUCAAACGCCGAGGCUAGUAAUGUUGUGUUGCAGGUAAUUAUUGAGAGGCAAAAACGUAACUGCAAUUUAAUGCUUUUUAACCUAAAGUCCGAGUCGUCUGAAGAUCCGACUUUCACAGCAGACAUCUCUACUCUGCUUAACGAUGUGUGUGGCCGUAAUAUUCCUAUAUCCAAGGCGUCUAGAUUUGGAAAACCCAACUGUAAUGGCUGCAGACCAGUUAAGAUCACACUGGUGAACCAUGGGGAUGUCGGAUUCCUACUGAAGAACAGGAGUAAGUUCUCAGGAAAAAAGAUAUACAUUGAAUCUGACCUUACCCCGGCUCAGUUGGAACACCUUAAUAAAAUCAAGGAAGAACUAAGGCUGCGCAGGGACCGUGGUGAGGAUAACCUCUUCAUUAAGUAUAUCAAUGGUAUUCCCUCAAUAGCGGCAAAAAACCAAGGGCAACCACCUCCCCCUCCUUAAAAAAUCUAGUUUCUUGCUAUUACCAGAACACCCGCGGCCUGCGCUCCAAGACCAAUACCUGCUUUAGUGCUGCGUCUACUUCUAGCUAUGAUAUUAUUUCCAUCACAGAAACUUGGCUCCAAAAUUAUAUACUUGAUGGUGAAAUCCUUCCCAACUCAUACGUAAUGUACCGUUCUGACAGAAGAACUGACCUUGUUGCUGCUUCAAGGGGUGGUGGUGUUCUACUGGGGAUUCUGAACCACCUCUCCUCGGAAGCCCUCGACCUCUCUGCGAUCAGCCAAGAAAUACCGGAAAUCGAUCUGGUAGGAUGUAGAGUCAAAUUUAAUCAUUUCAUACUGUAUAUUUUUGUAUUGUACGUUUCUCCUUCCAUCGACUCCGUGCAAUUAGAACGCUUUCUCGAAGCCUUUUUCAUGGUUAAUGUAAUCUAUU